AUGCAGCAGCAGCACGGGGGAGGAGGAGGAGGCGGCGGAGCAAGCGGUGGAGGCCCAGCGCAGCAGUUCGGCGCACAUCAGGUGGAGAUGCCGCCGCCAUUCUCGCCGGCCGCUGGCGCCGGGAAGCGGAUCUCGCUGGCGGAGGCGCCGUCGCCCAUCAGCAGCCGGCCGCCGGCGUCGCCGGCGCCGGCGCAGCAGUACGACGAGCUCGGUGCGUCCGGCUCCGGCGCCGUGGGCUUCGACGCCGAGGGCCUGGCCGCCGCAGCAGCCGGCGAGGAGGGCGCCAGCGGCGGCUCCGCGGGCAACCGGUGGCCGCGGCAGGAGACGCUGGAGCUGCUCAAGAUCCGGUCGGACAUGGACGCCGCCUUCCGGGACGCCACCCUCAAGGGCCCCCUCUGGGAGCAGGUCUCCAGGAAACUGGCUGAGAAGGGGUACAACCGGAGCGCCAAGAAGUGCAAGGAGAAGUUCGAGAACGUGCACAAGUACUACAAGCGCACCAAGGAGAGCCGCGCCGGCCGGAACGACGGCAAGACGUACCGAUUCUUCACGCAGCUGGAGGCCCUGCACGGCACCGGGACGGCUCCCGCGUCGGUGGCGUCGCAGGUGCACCCGGCGAUCUCCGGCGGGGUGUCCGGCGCAGCGGGGCCGUCGGCCGUGCGCGUGCCUGCCGAGCCGCAGCCUGCGGUGUCGGCCGCCGGCGUGGGGAUGCCGAUGACGACGACGGUGGGCUACCCGAGCUUCUCGACGUCCAACACGGAGGACUACACGAACGAGGACGACUCCGACGACGAGGGCACCGAGGAGCUGGUGGGCGGCGGCGCGGACGAGCGCGGGAAGAGGAAGAGGGUGUCGGAGGGCGGCGCCUCGGCCGCCGGCGGAGGCAGCGGGAAGAUGAUGAGGUUCUUCGAGGGCCUGAUGAAGCAGGUGAUGGAGCGGCAGGAGGCUAUGCAGCAGAGGUUCUUGGAGGCCAUCGAGAAGCGCGAGCAGGACCGCAUGAUCCGCGAGGAGGCGUGGCGGCGGCAGGAGAUGACUCGCCUCGCGCGCGAGCAGGAGAUCCUGGCGCAGGAGCGCGCCAUGGCCGCCUCCCGCGACGCUGCCGUCCUCUCCUUCAUACAGAAGAUCACCGGGCAGACCAUCCCGAUGCCGUCCAUCGCCGCGCCCACCAUCAACGCCAUGCCACCGCCGCCGUCGCAUCCGAAGCCGCCGCCGCCUCAGCCGCACCCCACACCCAUUGCCUCCGCCUCGCCAGCUCCGCCGCCACCGCAACCACCAGCCUCGCACACUCCGCCCCCGCAGCAACAACAGCAGCCCUCGCCGCAGCAGCAGAAGCCGCCAUUGCCAUCUUCGACGACACAAGCGCCAGCGCCUCAACAGCAAAGCACGGACAUUGUCAUGACGCCGGCCGAGACGACGCCGCGCGCCGACACCCCAGUGCACGAGGGGUCCAGUGGCGGCGCGACGUCGUCCCGGUGGCCCAAGGCGGAGGUUCACGCGCUGAUACAACUGCGGAGCAACCUUGACACGCGGUACCAGGAGGCCGGGCCCAAGGGGCCCCUCUGGGAGGAGAUCUCCGCCGGCAUGCGGCGGAUGGGCUACAACCGGAACGCGAAGCGGUGCAAGGAGAAGUGGGAGAACAUCAACAAGUACUUCAAGAAGGUGAAGGAGACCAACAAGAAGCGCCCCGAGGACUCCAAGACGUGCCCCUACUUCCACCAGCUCGACGCGCUCUACCGCAACAAGGCGGCGCUCAGCUCCUCCUCCGGCGCCGGAGCCGCGGUGCACGCCAACGCAUCGUCGGCACCGCCGCAGGAGACGGUCACGGUCGUCACGGCCGCGGCGCCCAUCUCACAGACGCCGCCGCCGCCUCCGACACAGCCUUCCCAGUCCCACCACGCGGCCAAGAAUGGCGGCACCGCCAGCAACGCCGCUGGCACCGGCACCGGCAACGGGAACGGCGGAGGAGCGUCAGAGCACGGCUCCAGGGGCAUGCAAACGCAGACAAGCAACGGCAGCGUUGCUGCCAGCAGGUUCCUCGGCGAAGGCUGCGGCGCGGCCUCGGCGGCGAAGAAGCCAGAGGACAUCAUGGAGGAGAUGAUGGAGCAGAGGCAGCCGCAGCAGCAGACGCAGGCGGUGUACAAGAUCCAGUUCCAGCACCAGCAGCAGCAGCAUCCGAACGCCGGCGCUGGCGGUGGCAACCAGCCCGGCACCGCCGCUCCCAGCACGGCUGCGGCCCCGACAACAACAGCCGGAUCUUUCUUGGGCAUGGUCCAGUGA